AUGGCAUCUGUAGAGCCACAGGAGCAUACCUUGGAACUUCAGGAGCUGAUUCCGAGGCAGAAAGAUAGGCAAUGGAAUGUCCUGUGUGAAGAAGAGAAGAUCCGGAAAUUUGGCAGAUUUGGAGAGUGUGGGAGAAGUUUAGUAGAAAUAACACUCCAGGAUAUCAAUGACAAUCCACCAGUAUUUCCAACAGAUACACUUGAUCUGACAGUAGAAGAGAAUAUUGGAGAUGGCUCCAGGAUAAUGCAACUGACUGCUAUGGAUGCUGAUGAGGUAGCAUUACGUUUGAUUCUUAAGGUUCCCAUCUUAGCCAUAAAAUUAGAGAAAAGUGUUUUGCGUGCCCCAGAUACACCUGAGUACACAAGCACUGCAUGGGGUAGAAGGUUAAACACAGCUGGUGAAGGACAGAGGGCGUAUGGGGUAUUCAAGAAAACUAGCACUUCUGGUGUGAGAGCUGCUGAGCCCAUUUCAGGGCUGUUUAUUCACCUUUGGUGUUCCUCUUCACCCAACUCAACUGUGGCUCCAACUAGUUAUAUCAUUCUCAGCAACCACAUCUUGGGUGCCAAUGCUCUUGUCACCUAUGCAAUCAUUAGUGGUGCCGAUGACAGCUUCCAUAUUGACCCUGAAUCAGGAGAAUUGAUUGCCACCAAGCGCUUGGACAGAGAACGCCGUUCUAAGUACUCCCUGCUGGUCCGAGCAGAUGAUGGCUUGCAGUCUUCAGAUAUGAGGAUAAACAUCACCAUUAGUGAUGUGAAUGACCAUAUACCCAAGUUCUCCAGACCUGUGUAUUCUUUUGACAUCCCAGAAGAUACCACACCUGGUUCUCUAGUGGCUGCCAUUUUAGCUACAGAUGAUGAUUCUGGUGUGAAUGGAGAAAUUACAUACACUGUGAGCGAAGAUGAUGAAGAUGGGAUAUUUUUCCUGAAUCCAGUUACUGGAGUCUUUAAUUUGACUCGAAACUUAGACUAUGAAACACGGCAAUACUAUAUCCUCACUGCCCGUGCAGAAGAUGGGGGAGGACAAUUCAUGACCAUCCGCAUUUAUUUUAAUAUUCUUGAUGUGAAUGACAAUCCACCAGUCUUCAGCUCGACUUCAUAUAGCACAUCCUUAAUGGAGAAUCUACCUCUUGGAUCCACAAUUCUCAUAUUCAAUGUCACUGAUGCUGAUGAUGGGCUUAACUCCCAGUUGUCAUACAGCAUCACUUCAGGGGACAGUCUCGGUCAGUUUACUGUUGACAAAAAUGGUAUUUUAAAAAUCAGGCAGACUCUGGACAGGGAAAGUCAAUCUUUUUACAACCUGGUUAUCCAGGUCCAUGAUAUGCCACUUUCUUCAACUUCUAGCUAUACCAGUACUGCUCAAGUGUCUAUCAUUCUACUGGAUGUCAAUGAUAAUGCUCCAACUUUCAUUUCCCCCAAAUUGACCUAUGUUCCAGAAAAUACCCCCACUGAUACUGUUGUAUUCAAAGCUCAAGCAACAGACCGAGACAGUGGCCCCAACAGCUAUAUUGAAUACACUCUACUGAACCCUUUGGGAAACAGAUUCAGUAUUGGGACCAUUGAUGGAGAAGUGAGACUUACUGGCGAGCUAGACAGGGAAGAGGUGUCCAACUAUACUCUCACUGUGGUAGCAACUGACAAAGGUCAACCACCUCUCUCUUCGUCUACAGAAGUGGCCGUCAUCAUCCUUGAUAUCAAUGACAAUAACCCUGUUUUUGCAAAGGCCCUUUAUAAAGUGGAAAUUAAUGAAAACACACUAACUGGGACGGACAUAGUACAAGUUUAUGCUGCUGAUGGAGAUGAAGGGGCCAAUGGACAGGUUCGCUAUUCCCUCCUCAGUGGAAAUGAAAACCAGGAGUUUAGAAUUGACUCUGUGACAGGGAUCCUCUCCGUAGCUAAGCCUUUGGAUCGAGAGAAGAAAGCAAUGUACUCAUUAACUGUUCAGUCAGCAGAUCGAGGCAGCAGCCCCAGGAUGGACACCACCAAAGUGGACAUUAUUCUCUUAGAUAUCAAUGAUUUUGUUCCUGUAUUUGAGCUAUCACCAUAUUCCAUUAAUAUCCCUGAGAAUCUAGAAGCCCUGCCAAAAACAAUUCUUCAGGUUGUAGCAAGAGAUGAUGACCAAGGCUCCAACAGCAAACUGACAUACACGCUCAUUGGUGGAAAUGAAGAUAAUGCCUUCAUUCUCUCAGCCAGUGGGGAACUUAAAGUGAGACAGAGACUUGACAGAGAAACAAAGGAGAAAUGCAUCUUAUUGAUUACUGCGACUGAUUCAGGAUCUCCUGCCCUCACUGGCACUGGCACUGUGAAUGUCAUAGUCAGUGAUGUCAAUGACAACGUUCCUACCUUUGCCCAUAAGACAUACUCUGCCACCAUUUCAGAAGAUGCUCCAACUGGGUCAGAUGUGCUGCUUGUUAGUGCCUCAGAUGCAGAUGCCUCAACUAAUGCAGUCAUCAGCUAUAGACUCAUUGGUGGAAAUUCCCAAUUCACAAUCAAUCCAUCUACAGGACAGAUCAUCACCAGUGCCUUAUUGGACAGAGAAACAAAAGAGAACUAUACAUUGAUAGUAGUCUCCAGUGAUGGUGGAUUCCCAGAACCCCUUUCCAGUUCCACCAGUGUCUCUGUCACUGUAACAGAUGUUAAUGAUAACCCACCGAGAUUCCAGCAUCAUCCUUAUGUCACUCAUAUCCCAUCACCUACUCCUUCAGGUUCAUUUGUCUUUUCUGUUACUGUAACUGAUCCUGACACUGGACCCAAUUCUGAACUUCAUUAUUCCCUUACUGGCAGAAAUUCUGAAAAAUUCCACAUUGACCCCUUGCGUGGUGCAAUUAUGGCAGCUGAACUCCUAAAUACAGCCUCAGAAAUGACAUUUUUUGUACAUGUGAAAGAUGGUGGCUUAUCUCCAAAGAUGGAUUCAACAACAGUGACUGUUCGAUUUGGGAAUAAAGGUGAUUUCCCCAAAAUCCGAGCUAAACAACACACGUUUCUGUUCCCUGAAAGCCAACCCAUUGGCACUCUCGUUACCACCAUUACUGGGUCUUCUUCUAGAGGGGAACCUUUAUCCUAUUUUAUUGCAAGUGGCAAUCUUGGAGGUGCAUUCCACAUUGACCAACUGACUGGACAAGUCUCCAUCAGUCAACAGCUGGACUUUGAAAUAGUACAGAAAUAUGUGGUAUGGAUAGAAGCCAGGGAUGCUGGCUUCCCUCCUUUCUCAUCAUAUGAGAAACUGGCUAUAGCAGUGCUAGAUGUCAAUGACAACGCACCAGUCUUCAAGGAUGACCCGUUUGUGGCAGAAAUAUUAGAAAAUCUUUCCCCUCGUACAAUACUCACUGUUUCUGCGAUAGAUAAGGAUAGUGGACCCAAUGGGCAGUUAGAGUAUAACAUAGUCAAUGGUAAUACUGAAAAUAGCUUUAGUAUACAUCACAGCACUGGAGAAAUUCGAAGUAUCAGGUCUUUGGAUAGGGAAAAAGUAUCCCAAUAUGUACUCACGGUGAGAUGUUCAGACAAAGGCACUCCUUCCCAGAGUACCACAGUGAAAGUUAUCAUCAAUGUCUUAGAUGAAAAUGAUAAUGCCCCAAGAUUCUCUCAAAUCUUUACUGCCCCUGUGCCUGAAAAUGCCCCCCUGGGUUAUACGGUGACUCGAGUCACGACUUCAGAUGAAGAUAUCGGUGUGAAUGCUGUUAGCAGGUACUCUAUAACGGAUACAAGUCUUCCUUUUACCAUCAACCCUAGCACAGGAGACAUCAUCAUCAGUCGGCCUCUCAACCGGGAAGAUACUGAUCGUUACAGGAUCAGAGUUUCUGCCCAUGACUCUGGAUGGACGGUCAGUACAGAUGUUGCUAUCUUUGUGACAGAUGUCAAUGAUAAUGCCCCACGAUUCAAGAAGCCAUCCUACUACUUGGACUGUCCUGAGCUCACUGAAAUUGGUGCCAAAGUGGCUCAGGUCUCUGCAACAGAUCCAGAUGAAGGGUCCAAUGGCCAAGUUUUCUAUUUCAUUAAAUCUCAAUCUGAAUUUUUCAGGAUUAAUGCCACCACAGGAGAAAUUUUCAAUAAGCAGGCUUUAAGAUACCGAAAUGUCACUGGUUCCAGUAAUGUAAAUAUAAAUAGACAUAGUUUUAUUGUGACUUCUUCAGACAGAGGAAGUCCUUCUUUGCUAAGUGAGACAACUGUUACCAUCAAUAUUGUAGACAGUAAUGAUAAUGCCCCUCAGUUUCUUAAUAGUAAAUAUUUCACUCCUGUUACCAAAAAUGUAAGAGUUGGGACAAAACUCAUCAAAGUCACUGCCAUAGAUGAUAAAGAUUUUGGGUUAAAUUCUGAAAUUGAAUACUUCAUUUCAAAUGAAACCCCUGUGGAGAAAUUCAAGUUGGAUAGCACUACAGGGUGGGUUUCUGUUGCUUCUUCUCUCAUGUCUGAUCUAAACCAAAACUUUUUGAUGACGGUCACUGCCAGGGACAAAGGAAACCCUCCACUUUCAUCUCAAGCCACAGUUCAAAUCAUUGUUACAGAGGAAAACUAUCACAGCCCAGAAUUCUCUCAAAGCCACAUUAGUGCAACAGUCCCUGAGAGCCAAAGUGUUGGUUCCAUUGUGAGAACUGUAUCUGCUCGUGAUCGAGAUGCAGCAAUGAAUGGCCUAAUCACUUACCAUAUUUCUUCAGGAAAUGAAAAUGGCCUUUUUGCAAUUAAUGCGUCCACAGGUACAUUAACCUUAGCGAAACCCCUAGACUACGAGCUACACCAGAAACAUGAAAUGACAGUUAGUGCUACAGAUGGAGGAUGGAGGGCACGGACCAGCUACUGCAGCAUCAUUAUUAAUGUCCUUGAUGUGAAUGACAACUCUCCAAUAUUCAUUCCAGAGGAGUACUCUCCCACAGUAUUGGAAAAUGCCCCCAGUGGAACAACAGUCAUGCGCCUCAAUGCAACAGAUGCUGAUUCGGGUAGUAAUGCUGUGAUUGCUUACUCUUUGCAGUCUUCAGAUAGUGACCUCUUUGUCAUUGACCCCAACUCUGGAGUCAUCACUACUCAAGGAUUCUUAGAUUAUGAAACAAAGCAGAGUUACCAUCUUACAGUCAAAGCCUUCAAUGUCCCCGAUGAAGAGAGAUGCAGUUUUGCGACGGUGAACAUCCAGCUGAAAGGAACCAAUGAGUAUGUACCACGUUUUGUUUCAAAACUCUAUUAUUUUGAAGUCUCUGAGGCAGCAUCCAAAGGGACUGUCAUUGGAGAAGUGUUUGCUAGUGAUCGUGACAUGGGAGUUGAUGGGGAGGUCCACUACUUGAUUUUUGGUACUAGCAGAAAGAAAGGUUUUCAGAUUAAUUCAAGGACAGGGCAGAUUUAUGUAUCUGGAUUUCUUGACCGAGAAAAAGAAGAGAGGAUUUCUUUGAAGGUCCUGGCCAAAAAUUCUGGGAGUAUCCGUGGUGCCGAUGUGGAUGAAGUAACUGUGAAUAUUACCAUCCUGGAUGCCAAUGAUCCACCUGUUUUCAGUCUGGAGAUCUAUAAUGUACAAAUCAGUGAAGGUGUGCCCAUAGGAACACAUGUGACCUUUGUAAGUGCCUUUGACUCAGACUCUGUACCCAGCUGGAGCAGGUUUUCCUAUUUUAUUGGUUCAGGGAAUGAAAAUGGUGUCUUUUCCAUUAAUCCUCAGACAGGACAGAUUACCGUUACUGCUGAGCUUGAUAGAGAAACCCUUCCUGUCUAUAAUCUAACUGUCUUAGCUGUGGAUCUGGGGACCCCCUCAGCUACAGGAAGUGCUUCCUUAUUGGUAACCCUGGAAGAUAUCAAUGACAAUGGACCCACAUUAUCUACUAAGGAAGGUGAGGUCAUGGAAAACAAGCGUGCAGGAACUUUGGUGAUGACCCUCCAGUCCAUAGACCCUGAUCUCCCUCCAAAUCAAGGUCCCUUUACAUAUUAUUUGCUUAGUACAGGACCAGCCACCAGCUAUUUUAGUCUCAGCACUGCGGGAGUUCUGACUACGACCAGAGAGAUUGACAGAGAACAAAUUGGUGAUUUCUAUCUAUCAGUGAUUACCCGAGACUCUGGCAUUCCUCAGAUGUCUUCCACAGGGACUGUCCAUAUCCGAAUCAUAGACCAGAAUGACAAUCCAUCCGAACCAAGAACUGUCGAAAUCUUUGUGCAUUAUUUCAAUAACUUGUUUCCCGGUGGGAUUUUAGGCAGUGUGAAGCCUCAGGAUCCAGAUGUGCUGGACAGUUUUCACUGUUCCCUGACUUCUGGAGUAACAAGUCUCUUUAGCAUCCCUAGUGGCACUUGUGACCUGAAUUCCCAAGCCAGGUCCACAGAUGGCACCUUUGACCUGACGGUCCUUAGUAAUGAUGGCUUGCACAGUGCAGUCAGCAGUAACAUCCGGGUCUUCUUUGCUGGUUUUACCAAUGCUACUGUGGAUAACAGCAUCCUCCUCCGCCUCAGUGUGCCAACCGUGAGGGAUUUUCUGACCAACCACUACCUCCAUUUUCUACGCAUUGCCAGCUCCCAGUUGACGGGUCUCGGGACUGCUGUACAGCUGUAUGGAGCCUAUGAGGAGAACAAUAGGACCUUCCUAUUGGCAGCUGUGAAAAGAAAUACCAACCAAUAUGUGAAUCCAAGUGGUGUGGCCACCUUUUUUGAGAGCAUUAAGGAAAUCCUUCUCCGGCAAAGCGGAGUGAGGGUAGAGUCUGUCGAUCAUGACCCGUGUGUCCAUGGCCCUUGUCAGAAUGGAGGGAGCUGUCUCAGGAGGCUGGCAGUGAGUCCCACCAUGAAGAGCCACGAAAGUCUCCCAGUCAUCAUUGUGACCAACGAGCCUCUCCAGCCUUUCUUUUGCAAGUGUCUGCCAGGGUAUGCUGGGAGCUGGUGCGAGACAGACAUCGAUGAAUGUCUGCCAUCUCCCUGUCACAAUGGCGGCACCUGCCACAAUCUGGUGGGAGGGUUUUCUUGUAGCUGCCCAGAAGGAUUCACCGGACGGGCCUGCGAGCGAGACAUCAAUGAAUGCCUGCCCAAGCCAUGCAAGAAUGGGGCUAUUUGCCAGAAUUUCCCUGGGAGCUUCAAUUGUGUCUGCAAAGCUGGAUUUACAGGGAAAAUGUGUGAGUCUUCUGUCAAUUACUGUGAGUGUAAUCCUUGCUUUAAUGGAGGGUCUUGUCAGAGUGGAAUUGAGUCCUAUUACUGUCAUUGUCCAUUUGGAGUCUUUGGAAAACACUGUGAAUUGAAUAGCUAUGGAUUUGAGGAAUUGUCAUACAUGGAAUUUCCAAGCUUGGACCCCAACAACAAUUAUAUAUAUGUGAAGUUUGCAACCAUAAAAAGCCAUGCCUUGCUCCUGUAUAACUAUGACAACCAGACAGGAGAACGGGCUGAGUUCUUGGCCCUGGAAAUAGCAGAAGAGCGACUGAGGUUCUCCUAUAACAUUGGCAGUGGUACAUACAAACUGACCACUAUGAAAAAGGUGUCUGAUGGACAUUUUCACACUGUGAUUGCUCGAAGAGCUGGAAUGGCAGCAUCUCUAACUGUAGAUUCCUGCUCUGAAGAUCAAGAACCAGGCUACUGCACUGUCAGUACUAUGGCUGUUUCUGAUGACUGGACUCUUGAUGUGCAGCCAAACAGAGUUACAGUUGGUGGCAUCAGGUCUCUGGAGCCAGUGCUUCAAAGGAAAGGACAAGUAGAAAGCUAUGAUUUUGUUGGUUGCAUAAUGGAGUUUGCCAUUAAUGGACGCCCCUUGGAACCAAGUCAAGCACUGGCAGCUCAUGGGAUCCUUGAUCGGUAUGCUGGCUGUGUUUCUAAUUUUUAUGAGAGAGAAAUAAAUUGUAGAAAUUAUAAUUGUACUCAAUUAUGCUCAACAACAACAAAGAAAUGCUAUAUUUGUAUGUUUGGGAAUAUGUAUUCAGUUAUAGUUACAAAUGAUAUCUCUGACCUGUGUCCUAGACUGGAAGGAGCUUGUGCUAACAGUCCAUGCCAACAUGGAGGCACAUGUACGGACCACUGGUCAUGGCAACAGUGCCAAUGCAAAGAAGGAUUGACUGGGAAAUACUGUGAGAAAUCAAUGACUCCUGACACAGCAUUGUCACUAGAGGGCAAAGGACGACUGGACUACCAUAUGAGCCAGAGUCGAAAGUGGGAAUAUUUGUUAAAACAGAACAUCCGAGGGGAUGUGAUAGAGCCUUUUGGUGUCAACAGUCUCGAAGUGAAAUUUAGAACAAGAAGUGAAAAUGGGAUUUUAAUUCAUAUCCAGGAGAGCAGCAAUUACACUACUGUGAAGAUAAAGAAUGGCAAAAUCCAUUUUACAUCGGACGCUGGAGUUUCUGGGAAAGUUGAGAGGCAUAUCCCUGAAGUUUAUGUUGCUGAUGGUCACUGGCAUUCUCUCCUGAUGGGAAAAAAUGGUUCUUCCACCGUUUUGUCUAUAGACAGAAUAUAUAGUCGAGAUAUCUUGCACCCCACUCAGGAUUUUGGUGGAAUUGAUGUGCUUACUAUUUCUCUUGGUGGAAUCCCACCCAAUCAAGCCCCUCGGAAUACAGAUACAGCAGGUUUUGAUGGCUGCAUAGCCUCUGUGAUUUAUGGAAGUGAGAGUCUUCCGUUUGGUGGGAAACACAGCUUGGCAACAAUAUCCAAGACAGAUCCUUCCGUGAAGCUGGGCUGCCGAGGCCCCAACAUCUGUGCCAGCAAUCCCUGUUGGGGUGAUCUACUAUGCAUCAACCAGUGGUUUGCCUAUAAGUGUGUUCCUCCUGGAGACUGUGCCUCCCAACCUUGCCAGAACGGUGGCAGUUGUGAACCAGUCUCAUACUCUGGAUUCACCUGUAGCUGCCCAGAGUCCCAUACUGGCAGGACUUGUGAGACAGUGGUGGCCUGCCUUGGUGUCCAGUGUCCCCAGGGAAGCAUAUGCAAAGCUGGCAGUGCUGGGGGCCAUGUUUGUAUCUUGACCAAGGUCCCAGAGGAGAUCUCCCUGCCACUGUGGGCCGUCCCUGCAAUUGUGGGCAGCUGUGCCACACUUCUUGUUCUGUUGGUGUUAAGCCUGAUUCUGUGUAAUCAGUGCAGAAGCAAAAAGGCCAAAGCACCCAAGGAAGAGAAGAAAAUCAAAGAGAAGAAGAAAAAAGGAAGUGAGAAUGUGGCUUUUGAUGACCCUGAUAACAUCCCUCCUUAUGGUGAUGAUAUGACAGUCAGGAAACAACCAGAGGGAAACCCCAAGCCUGACAUCAUUGAAAGGGAAAAUCCCUACCUGAUUUAUGACGAGACAGACCUUCCUCCCAACACUGAAACCAUCCCCAGUGCUCCCUUAGCUUCCCCUGAGCAGGAGAUUGAACAUUAUGAUAUUGACAACGCCAGCAGCAUUGCCCCUUCAGAUGCUGACAUCAUUCAGCAUUACAAGCAGUUCCGCAGCCAUACCCCCAAGUUCUCCAUCCAGAGACACAGCCCACUGGGCUUUGCAAGGCAAUCCCCCAUGCCCUUGGGAGCAAGCAGUUUGACUUACCAGCCUUCCUAUAGCCAGGGUCUAAGAACCAGUUCCUUGAGCCACUCUGCCUGCCCCACUCCCAACCCCCUUUCUCGUCACAGUCCGGCUCCCUUUUCUAAGUCUUCAACGUUCUACAGAAAUAGUCCUGCCAGGGAACUGCACCUUUCCAUAAGGGAAGGGGGCCCUUUGGAGAUGCAUGGUGAUGUAUGCCAGCCUGGCAUUUUCAAUUAUGCGACCAGGCUAGGGAGGAGAAGCAAGAGUCCACAGACCAUGGCAACUGGCUCCAGACCAGGAAGCCGCCUAAAGCAGCCAAUUGGACAGAUGCCUCUGGAAUCCACUCCUCCAGUGGGACUCUCAAUUGAGGAGGUUGAAAGACUAAACACUCCUCGCCCUAGAAAUCCAAGCAUCUGUAGCGCAGACCAUGGCAGGUCUUCUUCAGAGGAGGAUUGUAGGAGACCCCUGUCCAGAACAAGGAACCCAGCUGAUGGCAUUCCAGCUCCAGAAUCCUCAUCUGAUAGUGACUCUCAUGAGUCCUUCACUUGCUCUGAGAUGGAAUAUGACAGGGAAAAACCCAUGGUCUACACCUCCCGGAUGCCCAAAUUAUCUCAAGUCAAUGAAUCUGAUGCAGAUGAUGAAGAUAAUUAUGGGGCUAGAUUGAAGACUCGAAGGUACCCUGGCCGCCGGGCUGAGGGAGGGUCCAUGGGCACACAGACAGCAGCAGCAAUGAACGUUGCUGAAAACACAUUGCCCCUGAAACUUGGGCAGCAAGCAGGAAAUUUCAACUGGGACAACCUUUUAAACUGGGGCCCUGGUUUUGGGCAUUAUGUAGAUGUUUUUAAAGACUUGGCAUCUCUCCCAGAAAAAACAACAGCCAAUGAAGAAGGCAGUGGUCGGACCAGUAAGCCUGCCUCCAAAGAUGGGGAAGCAGAGCAGUAUGUAUAGACUUUAUAUACUGGCAGGACAAAAAUGCAACACCAGAUGCAAUCAAACCAUUCUGCGCUUACAGUUACAAGAUGGCCCAUGUUUCUACAACAGGCCAUAAUCAACAUUUGGUUAAGGGACACCUUAAAAAUAAAUAAAUAACCAUUAUGCUGCUGAAACAGAUUUAAAUUUUUUUAACUGAAUGAGGAAUUGGUUUCUCUUGCAUGCAUUGCAUUUUAGAACUAGAUAUUCAGCAUGCAGAAUUUGAAGAGGGUUUCAUUCCUAUUGACUGCUAUUUGGUUGGUGAUUUUAAAAUUAAUCCUGUUCUGGUAAUGAAUUUGUGUUUCAACGGUGGAGUGUUUAUGUUGUUUCCAUUUCAAUAAUUUCAUUUUUUUUUGAAUCGCCAGAAUAUUGAGGAUUUCAUUUCCUCUUUGAAAUCUAGAAAAGAGUUCUCCAAUGCCUGAAUGAAGGAAUGAGCAGUGUUAAUCACUCUUUAAAAGUCCAGUUUCUGUAACUCACGUUUGCAUAGUCCAAGAGCAAUAUAUUGGAUGGUUUGCAUGUAGUAGGGUCAUGGAUCUUCUCCAUGGAAGUGGUGCUAGAAGCAAUUUGUUCUUUCUGGUCAGCACUUUAGGAUUUGUGUCAAGACUUCCAAGUUCUAUUGCUAACUGUUGUGGGUACUUAUUCCAUCCCUCCUUUCCCUGAGAUGUCUUCUACCCAGAAGAGCUUGGGUAGAAGUCACCCCUGAGUACUGCCAUCUAUCUCCAUGACUGGGGAGCACUGUUCUCAACAGUACAGCAUUUUCAGAUGAUCAUUUUUUCAAAGAUUAUUUAUUGUAAAAAAAAAAAGUGCUGCAUUCUUGACUUCAAAAAAAAAAAAGAAUUGUUAUAAAGGGAGCUUUCUAGUGGACUCACAUUUUCAAAUAGCCCAUGUUUGUAGAAUUUAUUAAAAUAGAAAUCCGGCAAAAAAAAAAAACUGUUUUUCCCCCUGUCCAUUUGGAAAUCCUUUGUACUGUGUAAAAAACUUUUUUUUUACACUUAAGCUGUGUUUUUGAUAUUGAUAUUUUCCUAUGCUGAAUAGUUUUCUUACUUUCAGGAAAGUAAGAAAAGUACUUUUUCACAUUUGUUACUUAUGUAACAUUCAUAUUUUUCACAUUUGAUAAUUGUAACAUACUGUAUGCUUUCUACUUGUAAAUGCCAAUAAUAGAAUUAAAUAUUUAUUUAAAAUA